AUGUCUCCUCCAGAAGGUCUUCCAAAGAUGCAAUACAGAUUCCUCGGCCGCUCAGGUCUACAGGUUUCUGCCAUCUCUCUGGGAGGAUGGCUCACAUACGGUGGCCACGUUGAGAGUGACAACACUUUCGCCUGCAUGAAGGCAGCAUACGAUGUUGGGAUCAACUUCUUCGAUUGUGCUGAGGGGUACAGCGGGGGAGAGUCCGAGCGCGUGAUGGGCCAGGCAAUCAAGAAGUUUGGCUGGAAACGCAACGAUCUUGUUAUUUCCACCAAGAUCAACUGGGGAGCUUCCCACGGCGAGAACCCAGUCAACAACGUUGGCCUCUCACGAAAACACAUAAUCGAAGGCACGAACAACGCACUCGAACGUCUCGGUCUCGAAUACGUUGAUUUGAUCUACGCACAUCGCCCAGACCGCUACACGCCCAUCGAAGAGACAGUCCGCGCAUUCAACUAUCUGAUUAACACAGGCAAGGCUUUCUACUGGGGCACAUCUGAGUGGAACGCAGACGAGAUCGCAACAGCAUGGCGCUACGCCGAUAAGUUGAACCUGAUCGGCCCGGUCAUGGAACAGCCUCAAUACAACAUGCUUGCGCGCACAAAAGUCGAGACCGAGUUUGCACACCUUUAUGAGGAGACUGGACUGGGACUCACCAUCUUCUCGCCUCUCAAGAUCGGUAUUCUUACCGGAAAGUACAACGACGGAAUCCCCAAGGAUUCCCGCCUGGGAAGCAGCAACGACCCAUUCGUUAUUGGCAUGAACAAGCGAUUCGGCGACGAGAGCUGGAAGAAAGAUAUCGAGAUCGUGGCAAAGCUCAAGCCUGUUGCUGACAAGCUAGGCAUUACGCAAGCUUCGCUGGCUAUGGCUUGGGUCUUGAAGAACAAGAAUGUCAGUUCUGCUAUUACUGGAGCAAGUCGCCCAGAGCAGAUUUACGAUAGUGUUAAGUCGCUCAAUGCGAUUGAAAAGUUGACACCCGAGAUUAUGGCCGAGAUUGAUGAGAUUUUGGGCAACAAGCCUGCAGAGAUGAUUAGAAGGUUCAACUAG